CGAUAGUCCGGCCAUUGUGAAUGGCUGUUUUUGUGGCCAGCUGAAAAAGCCGCAUUUUUUAAUCUCUUUUUAGUAAGUAAAAUAAAUAAUAAAUAACAUUCAAUUGCUAUGGAAGAUGUGCAGAAGCACAGCGUGCAUACGCUGAUAUUCCGUUCCCUGAAGCGCACCCACGAUUUGUUCGUAUCGAACCAGGGAAAUUUGCCGGAAAUCGACGACGGCCUGGAAAAGCUGCGCCGGUCCAUCAAGGCUAAGGAUAGUUAUGGCCUGGUUCUGGAUAAGGCAAUCAAGAUCGGCGAGGCUAGGAAGGCAUCUGGUGCCCAGACGCCGGGCGACAAACCACUGGCAAUCACAGAUGGCACUGCGGACUCCGCUAGUGCAGGAAGCGUUGUUAAGUACAAUCCCGGAGGCAGGGCGACAGAGAAGACAGCGCCUCUAGUCACUGGCAAUCAAACAUCUUUGGUUCGCGCUUCCUUAGCCAAUAAUGGCGACAACGCCGCCAAUGGCACCGCCAGCAAUCUACAAUUGAUACCCAAGAAGGCACCUACCAUACCAAAACCCAAGUGGCAUGCACCCUGGAAGCUAUCUCGCGUCAUCUCUGGCCAUUUAGGUUGGGUGCGCUGUAUCGCAGUGGAGCCGGGCAAUGAGUGGUUCGCCACUGGUGCCGGAGAUCGGGUGAUCAAGAUCUGGGACUUGGCCAGCGGUAAACUGAAGCUAUCGCUUACCGGCCACGUGAGCACAGUACGCGGGGUGGCCGUUAGUUCAAAACAUCCAUAUCUAUUCAGCUGCGGUGAAGAUCGGCAAGUCAAGUGCUGGGAUCUGGAAUACAAUAAGGUCAUUCGACACUAUCACGGUCAUUUAUCUGCUGUUUACUCCCUGGCUCUGCAUCCCACCAUAGAUGUGCUAGCCACCUCGGGUCGUGACUCGACUGCUCGCAUCUGGGACAUGAGGACCAAGGCGAAUGUGCACACAUUGACGGGCCACACGAAUACGGUGGCCAGUGUAGUGGCCCAGGCAACGAAUCCGCAGAUCAUUACCGGCUCCCAUGAUUCGACAGUGCGUCUGUGGGAUCUCGCUGCCGGCAAAAGCGUCUGUACGUUGACCAACCAUAAGAAGUCUGUACGCAGUAUUGUCUUGCAUCCGUCGUUGUACAUGUUCGCUUCCGCCUCGCCGGACAAUAUCAAGCAGUGGCGUUGUCCGGAGGGUAACUUUGUACAAAACAUCUCCGGUCACACGGCCAUUGUCAAUUGCAUGGCGGCCAACAAUGAUGGCGUGCUCGUUUCUGGUGGCGACAAUGGUACCAUGUUCUUCUGGGACUGGCGUACCGGCUAUAAUUUCCAACGCUUUCAAGCACCAGUCCAACCAGGCUCCAUGGACAGCGAAGCGGGUAUAUUCGCCAUGUGCUUCGACCAGUCGGGUACGAGGCUAAUCACUGCCGAGGCUGACAAGACUAUCAAGGUGUAUAAGGAGGACGACGAGGCCAGCGAAGAGUCACAUCCGGUUAACUGGCGGCCCGAGCUACUUAAGCGUCGCAAGUUCUAAGAGUCCUAAUUAAGUAAGCUAAGUAAGACAAGAUUUUUCCAAAUGAUUUCAGUAAAAGAAACUUUUUUAAACACA